GGGGGAACUUGCACAAUCGGUGGCUGACUAAAUACUUUUUUGCCCCACUGUAUAUAAAUAAAAUUGAGCUGAAAUUGAAUCCUGGAAUCUGCAGCUGUUUAGAAAUGGCCCAUUAAUUCUGGCCGUUCCAAAGCCUUGACUUUAAUCCUUUUGAAAGUUUGUAGACUGUGCUUAAAGCCAGGGCCAUACCAGGAAACCAAUUAAUUUAAGUGAACUCUAGCACUUAUGCUAAGAAGAGUGGACAAAUAUACAGCCAGACUUAGCCAUCAACAACAUUCAGGCAUAUCUAAAGUAUCUGGUUGAGGUGCACCUUACUAAGAGAUAUUUUACCAGAUAUUAGUAGGGCUGUAUGUAGACUUUUGACCCUGUGUGAAUUAGAAAAAAAUUCAAAAAUAUAUUAAAACUUGAAAUUCUGCUGUGCAGAGUGUGGUGGAAGCGUGCGGACUCAAAUGCAUGGAGGUGUCCGUAAAGAUGAGUGUUAAUUACAUGAGUGCCUAAAGUAGAUCCGAUUCCAGAAACAGGAAACUGAAAAAGUACAUGGAAAAAUACAAACCCUAGGAAAACCAAGAAUAAGAGAUUUAAAGAAAAGAAAAACUACAAUCCAAAAAGUUUAAACUCACUGAGUAAACAGACCCAGGAUAUAGUAAAGAUGUGUACACUCAUUUCACCCUAAGAAAAGGAACAGUUAAAAGAAAUCAAUGCCCAAAAUGACCACAACAUUCAUGCCCAUGAAGCGUGUAUGCAAGCUUCAGACCACACCUGUACCUGGCUAGAAGGCUGAAAGAGUUCUUACAUUAAUCCUGUAUACCAUGACUCUACUGCAGUCCCAACCAGAAGUUGAUUGUAUGUGACCACAGUCCCUCCUGUUGUUGUUUCUCUGCAGCUCAUCAGUGAUGGCAGUGUGGUGUAUGCAGAGGGGCUCUGGGACCAUGUUACCAUGGAUGACCAGGAGUUAGGUUUCAAGGCCGGUGAUGUCAUUGAAGUAGUGGAUGCAACUAACAAAGAGUGGUGGUGGGGUCGCAUCAUGGACAGUGAGGGCUGGUUCCCUGCCAGCUUUGUACGGUUGCGUGUGAACCAGGACGAACCCAUGGACGAGUAUCUGGCCCACCUAGAGGAGGCUCAGGCUGGAGAAGAGGACCGGGCAAGUCUGGGCCUGUUGCUGGGACCUGGUUUACCCUGCAAAGAGCAGAUGAGAACAAAUGUCAUCAAUGAGAUUAUGAGCACAGAGAGAGACUACAUCAAGCACCUGAAAGACAUCUGUGAGGUUUGCAUUGAAAUUGAUUGGUGUUUUACUUGGGACAUAUCUGUUCGAGCUUCAUCUAGAAAUCGAUUUCUAGAUGAGGAACUUUUUCUGCUUAACUCUCUUGUAUGUCUCCAAUAUAUCUGCCAACCCUCUAAAUGUCUAAAUUCUCCCGUAGUUUCAUUGACCAUCUCAUUUUGCCAUUUUUCUCAUCCCAUUAUUUGCUUGACCAGCUCGAACUUUAUUGUGAAUAACUGUAUUACACCUGUUCUGAGUAUCAACACACACAUGCAGUCCGCACACUCCCCACAGUAUUUAACCUGCAGCCUGAUUCAAGUCUAGGGUGCAUGAUAAUGUUUACACAGGUUACAUCCUUCCAUUCAUUUUCUUUACCGCUUGUACAAGCUCCAGCACCUGAGUGUCACUGAGCUUAGCCCAACUGUUAAUGCAUAAGAGGCCUGAGGAUUGAUCACAGGGCUGACAAAUAAGGACAAACUGUUAUUUACAUUCACAUUAAUAUCUAUGAAAUGUAGAUAUUUAUGAGUAAAUCAUGUCUUUGGACUGUGGGCAGAGUACAGACCAGCACAGGGACUUGCUGAAUGAAUUACAACCCUCUCUUAGCUUUUGUUGUUGCCUCUUUUUUUUAAGGGCAAGACUUUAAAACGUGCAAUAUUUUGUAAUAAAAAAAAAGACAAACAAUGCUUCUUUAUUAAAGUGUACAACAAGCCAGAGUCACAUUUUCAACAGACAUGUCAUCUUCCAGGUCAGAACUUUAAUCUAAGAAUUCAGUUCAGUUCAGUUUUAUUUAUACAUCAAACUAGAUUCGCCUCAAGACCCUUUACAAUGUGCAACAGAGACCCUACAAUAAUACAGGAGCCCCAAAGAUCAAGCACUUGGCAACCGUGGGAAGGUAAAACUCCCUUUUAAAAGGAAGAAACCUCCCUCAUGGAGGGGGUGGCCAGUUUGGUUUGAGGAGAGGGAGACAGGACCAAAGACACCCUGUGGAAGUGAAGGUUAAUACUCCAAGAAUGCAAAAUUCCACCAAAGCACUCACUCCCUGGGCACUAUUUACUUUGGCUUUGUAUACAUUUAUGAGUUUUCUGGCUCUUUCCUUUAACGACAAAUCUAUCUAUCUAUCUAUCUAUCUAUCUAUCUAUCUAUCUAU